GAGGCGGCGCUGUCCCUGACGGAGCGGCGGGAGCGAGGUGUUGGCCAUUUGUGUUCAUUCUCAGGGUUCAGAAAUGGGCAGUGAGAAGGAGCAGAAUCCGGAACAGCACCUGCCUGAGGAAGGGGAAUGGGGUAAGCCGUGGAGAGUGGAUGACUCAGAGGGUUUUCGGAUCCCAGACGGGGAGAAAGAGCACGGGCAGGAGAGCCCGUCGGAGGGUCCGCAAGAGAUUCAUCCCAAAAAGCCGUGGCAGAAAGUCACUGUCCCUACGGGAGAGCCCGGGGACCCCACGGCUCACCCGAGGCCUGAGACCGACGAGAAGCCCUUCAUAUGUGCCCAGUGUGGGAAAACCUUCAAUAAUACCUCCAACCUGAGAACACACCAGCGCAUCCACACCGGCGAGAAGCCUUACAAGUGUUCCGAAUGUGGCAAGAGCUUCUCGAGGAGCUCCAACCGCAUCCGGCACGAGCGGAUCCACCUGGAAGAGAAGCACUACAAAUGUCCCAAGUGUCAGGAGAGCUUCCGGCGGCGCUCGGACCUCACCACGCACCAGCAAGACCACCUGGGCCAGCGCCCGUACCGCUGUGACAUCUGUGGCAAGAGCUUCAGCCAGAGCGCCACGCUGGCAGUGCACCAUCGGACCCACUUGGAGCCAGCGCCCUACAUCUGCUGCGAGUGCGGGAAGAGCUUCAGCAACAGCUCCAGCUUUGGCGUGCACCACCGCACGCACACAGGCGAGAGGCCCUAUGAGUGCGCCGAGUGUGGGCGGACCUUCAGCGACAUCUCCAACUUUGGAGCACACCAGAGGACCCACAGAGGGGAGAAGCCCUACUGGUGCACUCUGUGCGGGAAACACUUCUCCCGGAGCUCAAACCUCAUCCGCCACCAGAAAACACACAUGGGAGAGCAGGCUGGGAAAGACUCCAGCUGA